UCGCCAUUUCUUUCUCUCUGCCAUUUCUUUCUCCGAGAAAACACCAACCCUAGCUAGCACCCUCCAAUCCAUUGGCCCCUGUUCCUCCACUUUCAUCAUCUCCACAAUCUCUCUGCAACCUCUUUGAUCAAUACAGUUCUUUUUGUUAAACAAGCUUUUUUCUUCUUUUAUGUACAAUAUUGGUUCAACCACAAGGUUUCUUUCAACAUUUUUUGAUUCUUGCACCCCUUUCUUGGAAAGAAAGAUAUGAACAGAAAGAAGGGUAAUGCAAAAAGCAGUUGUUUUGUUUCUUUAACCCAUUUCUUUGUUGUUAUUUUCUUCAUAUUUAGUAUAAUAUUCUUGCAACCCAUUUCUUGCCAAAAUGUUCAAAGCUACAAUAGCAGUCCAGCAUCGAAGGAGCUCUUCUCUCAGCUGGUUUUUAACAGUUUCUCGAAUUUCACCUCCGUCUUCAAGAAAGACAUCACCAAAUACUUUGGUUUCUGCAUAACGGACGUGGAUUCGGAUUGGAAUAUGGCAUUCAAUUUCUCCAAAAAUAGUGAGUUCAUUACCAAUUGUGCCAGGCAAACCAAAGGAGAUUUGACACAGCGCAUAUGCACAGCAGCAGAAGUGAAGUUCUACUUCAAUAGUUUCUUUUCAAAAGGAUCAAAGAGUACCCAUUAUUUGCAACCUAACUUGAACUGUAAUUUGAGUUCAUGGGUUUCUGGUUGCGAGCCAGGAUGGGCUUGUAGCAUUGGUCGUGGUCAAAAGAUUGACCUCAAAAAUUCAGAAACCAUCCCUAGUAGAACUAAUGAUUGUGAAGCUUGUUGUGAGGGGUUCUUCUGUCCUCAUGGUAUUACAUGCAUGAUACCAUGCCCACUGGGUGCUUACUGCCCUCUUGCAACACUGAAUGAAACCACUGGUAUAUGUGACCCAUACAAUUAUCAACUGCCUUCUGGGAGGCCAAAUCAUACUUGUGGGGGAGCAGAUAUUUGGGCUGAUAUUUUGAGUAGUAGAGAGAUAUUUUGUCCAAAAGGAUCAUAUUGUCCAUCCACAACCCAGAAAAUUCCUUGCAGUAGUGGACAUUACUGCAGGACUGGUUCUACAACUCAAGCAAAGUGUUUUCGGAUGGCAACUUGUGAACCAAAAUCGUCAAAUCAAAAUAUCACUGCAUAUGGCAUCUUGUUUUUCGCUGCAUUGUCAUUUCUGCUCAUCAUUAUUUAUAAUUGUUCUGAUCAAGUUCUUGCAACUCGAGAGAAAAGACAAGCAAAAACUAGGGAGAAAGCAGUUCAAAGUGUGAGAGAAACAGCGCAAGCACGUGAAAAAUGGAAAUCUGCAAAAGACAUUGCCAAAAAGCAUGCAAUUGGACUACAAACUCAAUUAUCACGCACAUUUUCUCGUACAAAAUCUAAAAGACAGGCAGAUCUGGUAAAAGGUACUGGUCAAGCUAAACCUGGAACAGAUGCUGCCUUACCAUCCAUGCUUGGAGGUAGUUCAUCUGCAGCAACAAAAGGAAAGAAAAAGGACAAAAAUAACCUUACAACAAUGCUGCAGGAAAUUGAAGCUAAUCCCGAGAGUCAUGAGGGCUUCAAUCUAGAGAUUGGAGAUAAAAAUAUCAAAAAGCAUGCACCAAAAGGUAAGCAGCUGCACACUCAGAGCCAAAUGUUCAGGUAUGCAUAUGGACAGAUUGAGAAAGAAAAGGCUAUGCAGGAGCAGAAUAAGAACUUGACCUUCUCUGGGGUCAUUUCAAUGGCUAGUGAUAUUGAAAUCAGGAAGAGACCUAUGAUUGAGAUUUUUUUUAAAGACCUAACCCUCACUUUGAAACAUAAAAAUAAACAUCUGCUAAGGUGUGUAACUGGGAAAUUAUCACCUGGGCGAGUUUCUGCUGUCAUGGGCCCAUCUGGGGCUGGAAAAACAACAUUUCUUUCUGCUUUGACUGGAAAAGCGACCGGGUGCCAUGUGUCUGGUAUGGUUCUUGUAAAUGGUAAGGCAGAGCCAAUCCAAGCAUACAAGAAAAUCAUUGGUUUUGUGCCUCAAGAUGAUAUUGUGCAUGGAAACUUGACAGUGGAGGAGAAUCUCUGGUUCAGUGCAAGAUGCAGACUAUCUGCUGAUCUACCAAAACCAGAAAAGGUUCUAGUUGUUGAAAGAGUCAUCGAGUCCUUAGGGCUGCAGGCAGUGCGGGAUUCUCUGGUUGGGACAGUGGAGAAGAGAGGAAUUUCUGGAGGUCAAAGAAAACGAGUAAAUGUUGGGCUUGAAAUGGUUAUGGAACCUUCACUUCUGAUAUUAGAUGAACCCACGUCUGGUUUGGACAGCUCAUCUUCUCUUUUACUGCUUAGAGCUCUUAGACGUGAAGCUCUUGAGGGAGUAAACAUUUCCUUGGUUGUACACCAACCAAGCUAUGCGUUGUUCAGCAUGUUUGAUGAUUUGAUACUUCUAGCUAAGGGUGGCCUGACAGUAUAUCAUGGACCAGUAAAGAAAGUUGAAGAGUACUUUGCUGGCCUUGGGAUUACUGUACCUGAGCGUGUAAAUCCUCCAGACUACUUCAUUGACAUUUUGGAGGGGAUAGUAAAACCUAGCUCAGGGGUGGACUAUAAACAGCUUCCAAUUAGAUGGAUGCUUCAUAAUGGCUAUCCAGUUCCUAUGGAUAUGCUACAGAGUGCUGAUAGACUAGGAGCAUCCUCAAGUGAUUCAAAUCAUGGAGCCGAAGCUGAAUCUGAACCAGAGUCUUUUGCUGGAGAGUUUUGGCAGGAUAUGAAGUCUAAUGUUGAGAUGAAGAAAGAUAAUAUAGAACUUAAUAUCUCAAUCACAGACGACUUAUCCAAUCGGAGAACCCCUGGUGUCUUUCAACAAUACAGAUACUUCUUAGGGAGGAUUUGCAAACAGAGAUUAAGAGAUGCAAGGACACAAGCUGUAGAUUUUUUGAUUUUAUUACUCGCUGGAAUCUGCUUAGGAACAUUAGCUAAAGUGAGCGAUGAAACUUUUGGAGUGCUGGGUUACACAUACACCGUGAUAGCAGUUUCUUUACUCUGCAAGAUCACAGCUUUGAGAUCAUUUUCUUUGGAUAAGCUACAUUACUGGAGAGAAAGUGCUUCUGGCAUGAGUGGCUUGGCUUAUUUUCUAGCAAAGGAUACAGUUGAUCAUUUCAACACAAUUGUCAAACCACUAGUGUAUCUGUCAAUGUUCUACUUCUUCAAUAAUCCAAGAUCAACAGUCACAGAUAAUUAUGUAGUUUUAACCUGCCUCGUUUAUUGUGUAACCGGGAUAGCUUAUGCGUUAGCCAUUUGCUUUGAGGCUGGUCCAGCUCAACUGUGGUCAGUGCUUCUUCCAGUUGUUUUAACCUUAAUAGCAACCCAUGGUGAAAACGGCAGCUUUGUUACAAAACUAUCUGACUUAUGUUACACUAAAUGGGCAUUGGAAGCUUUUGUCAUAUCAAAUGCUAAAAGAUAUUAUGGUGUAUGGCUGAUAACACGGUGUGGUUCUCUCAUGGAAAGUGGAUUUGAUCUCAGUCAUUGGUAUCGUUGUUUAAUCUUCCUCAUUGUUUUCGGCUUAGCUAUUCGUAUUUUUGCCCUUGCAAUUAUGGUUACCUUCCACAAGAAGUAAAUUCAGCCAUUCUCUGCUACACCCUUUCUGUACAAAGAGAAAAGAUCAAUGCCAGACUCUCUUGCUUUUGUGAUAGAAACUUGCAUAGGAAUUGAAACAUACCAAGAAACAUAUAGUGGAUAGUCCUUGAAGAAGUUGGGGAUAGCUAUGGUCAUUGAAACCUUUGAAAAAGAAUCUCAUCCAUACAGCAGUAUGUGGAUCAUGAUGAGUGCAGAAUCUAAAUCAUACUAAGAUAACUCCAUUUUGUGCAUAAGAUGAUAUAUGUAAAGGGAUAAUCUCUUUUUUCUUUUAUUUUUUUUUUCCCUGUACCUAAUUUUGUGAACAUUACACACAUAGAAAAGUCCAGUGCCUUUUCUCCUCUCUUCUUUUA